AUGGAUUCUGAUUUUUUGAUAGAUAUUAUUGGUCAGGCCAUAGAUGUCUCAGAGCUUCAAACUCUCAAUUGUGGUGAAAAGGAGAGGAAAAAAAUUGAUUUCAACUUGAGAGACAUUAAUGAUCAACGAAUUGCAUGUUGUUUGUGGGGUAAGUUCGCUGAAGUUAUGGAUUCUCAUAGAGAAGAGGCACAAUUUGGAGUUGUUGUGUGUUUGCUCCGGUUUGCAAAACUCGGCUCAUUUAGAGGAAAAAUCCAAGUGUCUAAUGCUUUUGAUUCAUCGCAAUUGAUUUUUGAUCCCAAUAUCAAAGAAGUCGAGGGGCUUAAAGAAAUGUUUAAGCUGCAUUUGAAGGUUAAAGAUGAUACAGCUGAAACAAAAUUGAUUCUUCUUGAUUGGAUUGCUACCCCACUGUUAGGAGUUAAAGCUGAAAAAUUUUUGGAUGGUUCAUUGGAAGAGCUAGAGGAUCCUGAGAUGUUGCCUCCAUGUAUCAUCGACGUUGUUGGGAAAACAUUUAAGUUUGGUGUUGAUGUGGUAAAAGAUAACAUCAAUUACAACGCAUUAAUGGUUGAUUCCCAGUCAGAUGCUAUUACAGAGACCGGGGCAUCAACACAUUCUGUUUCUGAGAGACCCCUAUUAACUUACAGUGACGAGAGUUCUGGCUUGGUGAAGACUCCUUCUAAGCGAUCACAAUAA